AUGGACGCUCCUGCGCACAAAGCCGCUCAGGCGUGUGUUUCUUGCAGAACCAAAAAGCGGAAAUGUGAUAAACUCCUGCCUGAAUGCAGCCUGUGCGUCCGCACCUGCCGCACUUGUCAUUACACUGGUACUCCGAGACUCCCUCCUACUGCGGACGAGUUUGCGGCCCUUCAGGAAAGGUUCGCUGAACUGGAGGACCGACUACACACUAGUUCCGAACACACAGAUUCUGUUUCAGGUCCUGGCAGCGUGUCGGGCGCUGGUAGUUUCGCCACCGAAACCAGCGCGAUAACAUGGCUUAGCAAAGGAUCAACUGGAUUUCCCUCGGCACUGUUUUUGGAUCUUGACUGCUACAAGUGGUCUAACAUGCAACUUCCAAGGCCAGCCGUUAACAUCCCUAUGGAAGUACUCGAAAUCCUCGCCCAGCAAAACACGGUACUGGAGACCUUGCCACUCUACUUUGGUACCAUCCACCGCUGGAUGCCAAUCGUGUCGAAGAAGCGAUUGGAGCUUGGCAUUUCACUGCAGAACAGCGGGCCGGAUCUAGCCAUGCUUUUUCUUUCCAUGAAGCUAAAUAUCUCCCCUCCACCGGCCGAAGACAUCGGGGCCAAGUCACUUUAUUCGACUGCCAAGAGCUUUUUGGCUACAUUAGAAGCCGGUGGUGUGGUGUCACUCGCCUAUCUGCAAGCCAUGAUUUUGGUCGCGGUUUACGAAUAUAGCCACUCAAUCUAUCCUGCCGCAUGGAUGACUGUGGGGGCAUGCACCCGGCUCGCCGAACUUCUUGGGCUUUCAUCGGGUACGGAUUCUAUGAAAAUUAUGGGUCGUAUUACGACCUGGACUGAGGUAGAAGAAAGAAGACGGGCAUGGUGGGCUAUAUACGUCCUAGAUCGGGUUAUUUCCGUAGGCAGUCGGAGGAGAAUCUUCUUCCCUGAGCCCGCCAAUGACCAUAUCCUUCCUGUGGAUGAUGAAGCAUGGGAUUCAGGUAAUGUAACAAACAUUGUCCAGCAUUCAUGUACCGUUCCAUUGUCUACCCACGUAUCGUCGUUUGCUCGCCUAUGUCAGUCAGCCAUGUUCAUUAGCCGUGUCGUGGCAUACCGCAGCAGGGCUCAGGCGGCACUCGUGCUCGACAUCAGUGCUGUUACUAGCCUGACUGAAGAGAUAUGCAGCUUCGGCUCCAUUCUUACCGACGAAACCACUUCCUCCACCUUGGAGGGAUACCUCCGACUCCUCCCUGCUCAAUGCCUGGCAUGGUCAGCUCUGUUUAUGCUGCUCGAUAGCUACUGCUGCCCGGAGAAACUCAGCGAUGAACCGGGUUAUACGCUCUCUGGUGAUGCCAAAGGGCCGGCGGAGCUCGCCACUCAAGUCCGGGCUACGCUAGUAGUGAGAAAUAUCAGUGACCAGGCGCAUGAGCAUGCAAAAAAGCUCAUGGACAUCAUAUCUACUACGCUGAGUAUGGAUAUACUAGGGAGCGCAAGUCCAUUUUCACUAGACGCACUAUAUUGUUCCAUGGUGACGUUCCAAUGGAUCUAUCGGGAGGGUGGAGAAGACCUAGCCCGCACCCAACUAGCCGAUAUGGAGGCUUGUAUGGGGAAACUGGGCGAACGGUGGAGGCUGGCCUCCGAGUACCUGGUCCUCAAUGAACUCUGGGACAAGGACAUCUCGAAAUACAAUUUCAAGGUCGUCGAAUCGAUCCAACCAGAAGUGGAUGGCAUUAGUAGUUAUAUACCUGUCGUUCACGAACACAUCGAUUCGAAAUCCAGAAAGUCCACGCUGUACGUCAACGUGAAUACCGAGCCUCUGCGCGACAUCCUACCAGAGGUGAUAGAGAAUGUCAAGACAAUCGAGCAGGACCACCUCGACCACAUCAAUCAGGCUGAAACAACCGCUGGCGGCGUAGGCUAA